AUGACGGACGCAAAAGAAUACACCGAAAACUUACAAAAACUCCUCGCCGAAUCGCGGCAGCCCAGUGUGUCGAGAAAAGAUCUCGACUUGGCGUUCGGUGAAGACUUCGUCGAGGCCUUUGCGGUUCAGCUCGAGGAACGAGGCGCGUUAAAGUUUGACGAAACUCUGGACCAAGACGCGUUGAACGUUUGCGCGAGUUACCGACUCUUCAACUUCUUGCAGCGCAAUCAACGCGAUCCACACCCAUCGUUGGAGAAGGGGCACUUCUUCGAGUUGCGGAAAUGGAGCACCACGAGCGCGGAGCACGACGAGCUCUGGAGACUUCUCGGGACGAUGGCGACCCAGACCGUCGAACGCGGCGAGAACCGAUUGGACAACCCGACGACGAUGACGGCGCGUCGCAUGAUGUUACGCCUCAUCGAGGUGGUGAUGGGCGAGUUCGAGUGGUCCCAGGGCGAAGUUCCGCUCAUCGGAAAGGACUCGGAGCUUCACGAAGCCAUCGCCGAGGUUCGCCGCGCCGUCUCGCUCGAUCGAAUACGCGAAGUGUACGUCUCGCACCACGCGAGCGAAGACGUCGCCGCGCAAUCCGCGGCGGCUUAA